AUGUCGGCAGAAGCAUCGGAAGCGCACGAGGCGCAAGUCAAAAUGGAGGUGAGCGCUGACCAGGAAUCUGAGAUUGCCGCUGUACAACAAAUAGCCAGCGUCGGUGUCAGCGCGGAUGCUGAUGCUGAUGCUGAUGCUGAUGCUGAUGCUGAUGCUGAUGCUGAUGCUGAUGCUGAUGCUGAUGCUGAUGCUGAUGCUGAUGCUGAUCUUGAUGCUGAUGCUGAUGCUGAUGCGGACGCGGACGCGGAUGCGGAUGCUGAGGCCGAUGUUGAUCACGACGACAAGCCGGAUGCUGAGGGCGACGUGGAAGUACAGACAGAUAGCAUUGCUGCUGAUGUCAAGGCUGCGUCGGAAAACGAACCUGCCCAAAGCGCAAACGCCAAGAUGGACGAGUCGCAGGCCACACCACAACCGAUGGCAGAAUCGAAAUUAGAUGACCACCAACAGCAAGACUCUCAGCUUGUUUCGCCCCAAGCUGGCUCUUCGAACCAGCCACCGCAGCCCCACAAAUACAUGACCGUCGAACAGAGGAAACAACUUUUUGAAGAGCGCAUCCGGAUUGAUCCGCGCGAUGGCGAAGCGUGGCUCAACCUCAUCGAAGAGGCGCAGUCACGAGAGGACAUGGCAGCAACAAGAGCGCUCUACGAUCGCUUCUUCAAGGUCUUCCCCAACCAAGCACGUCAAUGGCUCGCGUAUCUUGAUCUAGAGCUUGCUCACAGCAACUUUGCUCAGGUUGAGGCCAUCUUCAAUCAAUGCUUGCGCACUACGCCGUCGGUCGAUCUUUGGAAGUUUUACCUCUCCUACACCCGUAGAGUCAAUCCACUUGCCCCCUCCACCGGCGCAGAAGAGGAUCCGGCGCGAGAGCAGACGCGAAGGGUGCUCGAAGGUGCCUACGAAUUUGCUCUCCGUUUUAUUGGCAAUGACAAGGACAGCGGAUCCAUCUGGACCGACUACAUCUUGCUCAUCAAGGAGCGAGAGGCAAGAGGCGGCUGGAAAGAGGGUCAAAAGAUGGACGACCUUCGUCGCGUCUAUCAGCGCGCGGUUAGUGUACCACUCACCAACAUUGAGACUAUCUGGAAGGACUACGAUGCCUACGAGAAUGGGCUCAACAAGCUCACUGCCAAGAAAUUCCUUGCCGAGCGCUCGCCAGCGUACAUGACAGCACGUCGCGUGCUCAGAGACCUUAAAGCCUACAGCGAUCCGCUCGUGAAGCCUCUGCUGCCUCGUGUGCCUGUAUGGACUACAUCUGCUCUUGCUGGCGAUGCAGCUCAAGAUCCAGCCCAGUGGCAGCGCGAACGUCAGCAGGCGGAUGCAUGGAUCGAGUACCUCAAGUGGGAAGAAUCGAACCCAUUGCUACUCGAAGACGUAGCCAUUUUGCAAGCGCGAGUUACCAGUGCGUAUCGCAGAGCAACCAUGUAUCUUCGCUUCUACCCGGAGGUGUGGUACCUUGCUUCGCGGUAUCUGGUAUCUAUUUUGCGCGUCGACGAGGCUGCCACAUGGCUCAAGAACGGCAUGGAGGCUUGUCCCGGCAGCUUUCUGCUUCACUUUGCCUACGCCGAGCUUGGCGAAGCGAGAAAAUCUACGAGCGACUGUGCUGCUGUGUUUGACGGCCUCUUGGAUCACGUUCACGCCCAGAUUGACGCGCGUCAGGCCAAACUGCAACAAGACCUCAAGACCGUUGACUUGGAAGCAGACAGGACGAAAGCGCAGGCGGCUACUCGCCGUGCCAACGAAGGAGACGGUGAUGUGGAUGUCGAUGGCGAGGAGCGCGAGCGAGAGCGCAAAGCGGGCGAGCUCUUGCAGAUACGAAAACAGGAGUUGCAAGCAGCAGCCAAACCAGAGAUCGAGGGUCUCAAAGAAGCAAGUGCACUAGUCUGGAUCAAGUACAUGCACUUUUUGCGACGUACCGAGGGCAUUCGACCUGCACGUAGUGUGUUCAGCCGAGCUCGUAAGAGCCCGCACUGCACUUGGCAGGUGUUUGAAGCGAGUGCGCUCAUGGAGUACCACUGCUCCAAAGACGCAGUCGUGGCCACAAAAGUAUUUGAGCUUGCACUCAAGACGUUUGGUUCGGACGAAGCGUUUGUCGUGCGCUAUCUAGACUUUCUCAUCUCGAUGAACGAUGACAGCAACGCACGCGCACUGUUUGAGCGAGUUAUUGGCACGUUUGCGCCUGAACGCGCUCGCCCUAUCUGGGAGCGAUGGGCCAAGUACGAAUACAACUUUGGCGACAGCGUUGCCAUACAAAAACUCGAGUCGCGAUUGGCAGAGACGUAUCCGGACGAGCCAGCGACCAAGCGUUUCAUUGCACGCAGUUCGUACAUGGACUUGGACCUGGUCGGACCGCGCGACUUGGGUAUCCGAGCGGCCAUGGCCGGCGCGAGUGCGGCAGACCGCGCCGUGGAAGCUGCGAAGGACGGCGGCGCUGAGGAAGGCCCGAGGCGUAAAACGAUGCAAGAGAUGAAGCGCCUCGCAGCUGAGAGUGCUCAGGAUGACACUUCGGGUGAUUGGGCACGACCCGGUGCGUCUUCAAGCGCUGGUGGCGCUGGUGGACCGCCGGUGAAGAAAUUCAAACGAGACUCUGCCUCGCCCGCGCCGGCUGCGUUCAACAACCAAGCUGUUGGUCAGCAGGUGGCUGGCCCAAGAGAUGCAUGGAACGAGUUCCCGGAGAGCGUGCUGGUGUUUAUGGAGAUGCUGCCGAGCGCUCAACUGUUCGAUGGGCCCAUGUUCAAACCAGAGGACAUUAUUGACUGUAUUCGAAGUGCCAAUGUUCCGGUGGGAGGCGGCGCGAGGAGAGGUGCCGCUGGCUAUGGUGGUGCUGGUCGCGGGAGGUACCGAUGA